AUGAUCUCAAGCAACAUUCCUAAACUUUCAGUCCAAGAACGAAUCGACGCCGCCCGUGAAGAGGCAAAAUUCCUCGUCCAAGAGAUCGACAGAACCAGAGCCUCCACUCAGGAUGCCCAGCUCAUCGAGAUCUCCAGCAACGUACCCACGCUUAAUCGCGUGACUUACUUGAAGCCAUACCAGUCUUUACGUGGCCAUGGAAACAAAAUAUCGAGCGUCAGAUGGAGCAAUGACUCACGGCAGAUCCUCUCGGCCUCCCAGGACGGCUUUAUGAUCAUCUGGGAUGCUACCACUGCGAUGAAAGUCAAUGCAAUUCCCUUGAGCUCUCCUUGGGUACUCGCGUGUGCCUACUCGCCUAACGGAAGAAUGGUUGCCUCUGGGGGCUUGGAUAACGCGUGCACCCUUUACCGUAUUUCGCAUGAAUCAAUUGAUCACAGCAGGACGGGAGAGUCUGGCUACGGAAUGGUGGGGGGCUUGACUCAGAAUAUUGUUUCGGUCUUCAAAGGGCACACUGCUUACAUCAGUGGUUGUGAAUUUCUCUCAGAGAACUUCACCCUCACUUCCAGCGGAGACAUGACCUGUGCCCUUUGGGACGUCUCACGAGGCAGUAGGGUACGAGAGUUUAUGGACCAUUUAGGGGAUGUUUUGUGUCUAGCGGUUCCUCAAAGCCAACACGGCUCGCAGAGUUUUGUUUCGGGUGCCUCCGACGGUUACAUCCGUCUUUGGGACAUCAGACAACGGGCCCCGGCGCAGAGCCAUUUUGUCGCCCAUUCAGAUAUCAACUGCAUGAAGUUCUUUCCGGACGCAAAUAGCCUCGCCACCGGAUCCGACGACGGUUCAAUCCGUUUGUUUGAUUUCAGGGCUGAUUGCCAGUUGGCUAGCUACACAUUGCCUCGCACCUUGCGGAACUCUUCGUACGGAAAGGCCAAUUUCCCAAUGGCAACACCACAGCCCCAGUACGCACAGUGCUGGCAAGGUUCGUACGUGAGCGAUAUUGAGAGUUUAGCCUCGGAGACGGACACGCAGAGUGUAUCUUCAUUAGAUUUUUCCGCUUCUGGAAGAAUGCUUUAUGGGUGUAUCGGUGAUUACGGGUGCGUGAUUUUUGAUACGCUUCGUACGGAUGCGGUGGGGAAGCUUGAAGGUCAUUCAAACCGGGUAAAUAUGGUGAGUUGCAGUCCCGACGGGAUGGCCGUCUGUACCGCCUCCUGGGACUCCACCAUCAAAAUAUGGUCUAUCUAA